AUGUCCAAGAUCGCCUUCAUCUCCGAGCGCCUGUGUAUUGGCUGCGGUAUCUGCCCCAAGAAAUGCCCCUUCGACGCCAUCAACAUUAUCAACUUGCCCACCAACCUCGAGACCCAGGUCACGCAUCGAUACUCGGCGAACAGCUUCAAGCUGCACAGGCUGCCUAUGCCCCGCCCGGGCCAGGUAUUGGGACUCGUGGGGACAAACGGUAUCGGCAAGAGUACCGCGUUGAAGAUUCUUAGUGGCAAGCUGAAGCCUAACCUGGGACGCUUCGACAACCCGCCGGACUGGGAGGAGAUCCUGAAGUACUUCCGUGGUUCUGAGCUUCAGAACUACUUUACCAAGGUUCUCGAAGACAACCUCAAGGCAGUAGUCAAGCCCCAGUAUGUCGACCAGAUUCCCAAGGCUAUCAAGGGCACCGACCGGACUGUUGGUUCGCUCAUCAAAGCACGUGCACAAAUGGAGAACUUCGAGGAGAUUAUCGACGAGCUCGAGCUGCGACACAUCUUCGAUCGUGAGGUCAACCUGCUCUCUGGUGGUGAGUUGCAGCGUUUUGCCAUUGCGCUCGUUUGCGUUCAGCAAGCCGAUGUGUACAUGUUUGACGAACCGUCCUCCUUCCUUGAUGUCAAGCAGCGUCUGGCCGCCGCCCGUAGGAUUCGCAGCUUGCUGCGACCUGAUGACUACGUCAUUGUCGUCGAGCACGAUUUGUCUGUUCUAGACUAUCUUUCCGACUUCAUCUGCGUCCUUUACGGCAAGCCGGCCGUGUACGGUGUCGUCACCCUACCUGCAUCUGUCCGUGAAGGUAUCAACAUCUUCCUUGACGGUAACAUUCCCACCGAGAACCUGCGUUUCCGUGAAGAAUCUCUUCAGUUCCGUAUCGCUGAAGCUGGCGACGAGUACCUGAAUGACAACUCGCGCGAUUAUACCUACCCCAAGAUGGAAAAGACGCUUGGCACUUUCAACCUCAACAUUGAAUCAGGAUCCUUUACCGACUCUGAGAUCAUUGUCAUGAUGGGCGAGAACGGAACGGGCAAGACCACGUUCUGUAAAAUGCUUGCCGGCGCUCUGAAGCCUGACGGCGUCACCUCCAUCCCCAAGAUGAGCAUUAGCAUGAAGCCUCAAACGAUUACCCCCAAGUUCCAGGGAACUGUCCGUCAACUCUUCUUCAAAAAGAUCAAGGCCGCUUUCCUGAGCCCGCAGUUCCAGACCGACGUGUACAAGCCACUGAAGAUGGACGAUUUCAUUGACCAGGAGGUGCAAAACCUCUCUGGUGGUGAGUUGCAGCGUGUCGCCAUUGUGUUGGCUUUGGGUAUCCCAGCCGACAUCUACCUCAUCGAUGAGCCCAGUGCCUACCUCGACUCUGAGCAGCGUAUCGUUGCUUCCCGUGUCAUCAAGCGUUUCAUCAUGCACGCCAAGAAGACCGCCUUUGUCGUCGAGCACGAUUUCAUCAUGGCUACCUACCUUGCUGACCGAGUCAUUGUCUUCGACGGUCAACCUGGUGUCAAGUCUCGCGCCAGGAAGCCUGAGUCUCUCCUCACCGGCUGCAACUCCUUCUUGAAGAACCUCGAUGUCACCUUCCGUCGCGACCCCAACUCUUACCGUCCCCGUAUCAACAAGGACAAGUCCCAGCUCGACCAGGAGCAGAAGUUGAGCGGGAACUUCUUCUUCCUGGAGGAUGAUAGUUGA